AUGGGUCCCGCGGUGUUCACCGAGCUCGCGCAGCCCGCGUACGCGCGCGACCCCGACGACGACGGCGCGCACCCGGUGUCCGCGCUGCCCCCGGCGGCGCAGCUGGCGCUGCCCGUGCUCGAGCUCGUGGCGGCGGACGAGGGCGCCCACCCCAACCCUUGGACCGAGCCGCUCGAGAUUAAUACCGUGGCGGAGCGGCGCGCGCGCAUGUGGCACCAGCUGCGCGUGGCGUGCGAGAAG